AUGGGUGUUCCCUUCGACUACGCGCCCGAGAGGCCAGAGCACAUUGAUGCCAUCCUGAACGGACUCGACCGCUACAACCCCGAGACCACGACGGUUUUCCAGGACUACGUCGUGUCGCAAUGCGAAAACCAGACUUACGACUGCUACGCCAACCUGGCCCUGCUCAAGCUCCUCUGCCUCGCUCUCCUCCCUCCUCACGUCCUCGCACCCAACCCGGCCGCCAACUCGCUCGCCGAGGCCGUACAAAAGCUCAACACUCUACACAGCCAGCUGAUCGGCGCCUCAUACGACCAGUUCUGGUCUUCGCUGGACGGCGAUGACCUCUACGCCGACUUGAUUGCCGAUGUCCAGGGUUUCGAGGAGUUGAUGCGCGUUCGUCAGGCUGUUGUCAUUAGUCAGACCAUGCAGAGUGUUGACCGUGCUGUUCUUGAGUCGUGGCUCAACCUGAACGGCGAGGCCUUUGACAAGUUUGUCAAGGACGUUUGCGGCUGGACUGUUGAGGGCAGCACCGAGAACGAGGCCAGAGGAACGGUUGUGCGUGAGAAUGUCAAGUUCGACCAAUUCUCGAGAAUGAUCAAGAGAGCAUACGAGCAGCCCGCAUAG